GAAUGUAAAGGCAUCAUUUGGCUAAGAUGGCGCCGCUUCCUGCGCUCCGAGUCUGUCUUCUCGUCUUUUUCUCCGCGUUCGUGACCGUGUCACUGGGCUUCGGCCUGCCCGCCCUGCUGAACGCCGUCACGGGGUUGCUGGGAGUGCCGGAGGCGAGCGUGAGCGAGUGCGUGGUGGUCUCCUAUUUGCUUUUCGUCCUGUACGUUGCGACACCUCGGAUUCCCAGAGGACUGGUGGAGGCAACAGGCAAAGCAGUGUUCCUCACGAGUUGUGACAGCAAUUUUGGACUGGCUCUCGCCCAGCAUCUGCACAAACUUGGUUUCACCGUCUUUGCAGGAUGCUCACUUAAGGAUAAAGGUGGAGAGAGUGCCAAGAUCCUGGAGGACUUCCACUCAGAGCGCAUGAAGGUGGUCCAGCUGGACGUGAGCAGCAACGAGCAGGUGAACAGAGCCGCCCACUUCGUCCGAGACAACCUGGAGGACUCAGAGAGAGGUUUAUGGGCGCUGGUCAACAACGCCAGCGUGUCCACGUUCGGAGGAGUGGAGUUCACCUCCGUGGAAGCCUACAAAGAAGUUUCCGAGAUCAACCUGUGGGGAACCAUUCGGGUCACCAAAGCGCUUCUGCCGCUUAUUCGCCGAGCCAAAGGUCGCGUGGUAAACAUGUCCGGGCUGUACGGCCGGAUGGGUAAUAUCGCUCAGUCGCCUGUCAGCGUGUCCAAGUACGGCAUGGAAGCAUUCUUCGACUGCCUCCGCUACGAGAUGAAGUCCUGGGGCAUCAAGGUGUCUGUCGUGGAGCCGGGGAAUUUCGCCGCGGAGAUCCUGAGCCGCGACGUCCUGGCCAGCGCGGCCAACAAACAGUGGGCCGAGGCCUCAUCGGACGUCAGGGACGAUUACGGGAAAGCCCGUUUUGAUCAGAUCAUGGCGCUGAUGCGCUCACAGUGCAACGGCGGACAAAAGGAUGUGGGUCCCGUGCUGGACGCCAUGGUGGACGCCGUUAUGUCCAAGCAUCCGUACACCAGGUACAACGCCAUGGAGCCGUACUGGUGGAUCCGAUUGCAGCUGAUGACGCACCUGCCCUCCGUGCUUUCCGACUUGCUGUACUUCUAACUGGCGACGUGCCAGCUCUUCGCUAUUCCUCAGCACUUGAAGCCUUUCACUGAUCAAGCCUUAAAUUUCAAUCCUUAUUAAAGAGUAAAUUAUUGCAUUUUAUAUUGUGUUUGUGGGAGCCCCAGAUGUAGCACAGAAUGAUAAAAAAGGCAGUGUUAUCUCAAUGGUACGUUUUAAAAUUGUGGCUAGCGACAAAGCAAUAGAAAAGUACAGUUAUUAAAAUUAAAGCGAUGGCUGUAAACCACUAAACAA